UUACCCAAAAUAAAAUAAAUACCAAAGAAUUGAUUAAAAAAAAUAAACAGGGUUGAAAAAAUGGGAAGUGCACAGAUGAAUGCAUCGGGCUUAGUAGCAGCAUCUCUACCUCCAAACCACAAAUUUGCUCACAAAACCAAGUCAUUGAGGCUGUCCAAACACAACAAUGCCGUCAGAUUUUGUAGAGCCGACAACGCCAUAAGAGCCGUCGGCACCGUGCCGGCGAAUCAAUCUCCGGCCACCGUCGACGACGACGAACCUCCCUCCGUCGAUUUCGCCUUUGUCCACUCCGUACUGUUGCCGGAUGGAACACCAGACGUACACAUGAGAAGAGCUUGCGGCGGACAGAAACUAAGGGACAUCAUGUUGGAUUCCAACGUCGAACUAUACGGUCCCUAUGCUAAGCCAUUGUCGAACUGUGGGGGAGUAGGAACUUGCGGCACUUGCAUGGUUGAGGUCGUGGAUGGGAAGGAACUUCUAAGCCCUCGAACCGAUAUAGAAAAGGAGAAACUUAAAAGGAAACCGAAAACGUGGAGGCUGGCUUGCCAAACAGCAGUUGGAGAAUCGGACUCUAAUGGACUCGUUGUCAUUCAACAAUUGCCCGAAUGGAAAGCCCAUGAAUGGAAGAUGAACAAAGAUUUGGCAUAUAAUCCCGAGGAUUAAUUCUAAACAAAAUUACGCAUUUAAUUAAAUCAUAACAUGAUGUUUAAUUAUUACGAUCAUUAGUUUUUUUUUUAAAUUAAUUAUUUUCGAA